AGUGUGACUCUCGCGUUUCUUGUGCCAUGAAACAACCACUUGUGGCUCGUGUUUACGCGCAGAUCCUACGUCGGCUGAAAGGAGAGACCCUCGGGAUGAAGGAAACAACUUGACUUUUCUAAGGAUUGAAUCCCAUCGCCAUCUGCAGCCAGCGCGGCUCGUGUCUGUGUGUGUGUGUAUGUGUGUGUGUGUGUGUGUGUGUGUGCGUGUGACGGUAACGACCGUGCGCCGGGGAGUUGGGCGGCGGACAGCCCGGGUUAUGGAGCCGUGCUUGAGGGCCCGGCGGUAAGCCUCUCAGCUGUGUUGUGGCCGCCGCUGGCCUCCCCUCCCCCCGCCCCGACGCUCCGCUCCGCCCGAGAGUCGGACCCCGUCCGCCGGGUCGCGCUUGGCCGUUUGUCGCUCGCGGACCAAAGGCUCUGGACUCUGACGGAGUUGAGAAGUGGAUGUGAUGGAACUGAUGUUCGCCGAGUGGGAGGAUGGGGAGAGGUUCUCCUUCGAAGACUCGGACCGGUUCGAGGAGGACUCCCUGUGCUCCUUCAUCUCCGAGGCCGAGAGCCUCUGUCAGAACUGGAGGGGCUGGAGGAAGCAGUCUGCCGGACCCAACUCCCCCACUGUCAAGAUCAAAGACGGUCAGGUGAUUCCUCUGGUGGAGUUGUCAGCCAAGCAGGUGGCGUUCCACAUCCCGUUUGAGGUGGUGGAGAAAGUUUACCCCCCCGUCCCGGAACAGCUGCAGCUCCGCAUCGCCUACUGGAGCUUCCCCGAGAAUGAGGAGGACAUCAGGUUAUAUUCCUGCCUGGCUAAUGGGAGUCCGGAUGAAUUCCAACGUGGAGAGCAGCUCUACAGGAUCCGGGCCGUCAAAGACCCUCUGCAGAUCGGUUUCCAUCUGAGCGCCACAGUGGUGACCAGCCAGUCCGGCCAGUCCAAAGGCGCUUACAACGUGGCGGUCAUGUUCGAUCGCUGCCGCAUCACCUCCUGCAGCUGCACCUGUGGCGCCGGGGCCAAGUGGUGCGCCCACGUGGUGGCUCUCUGCCUCUUCAGGAUCCACAAUGCAUCAGCAGUGUGUCUCAGGGCUCCGGUCUCUGAGUCUUUGUCCAGGCUGCAGAGGGACCAGCUCCAGAAGUUUGCCCAGUACCUCAUCAGUGAGCUGCCUCAGCAGAUCCUCCCCACGGCUCAGCGCCUGCUGGAUGAGCUGCUGUCCUCUCAGUCCACCGCCAUCAACACCGUGUGUGGGGCUCCAGACCCAACCGCAGGCCCUUCAGCAUCCGACCAGAGCACCUGGUAUUUGGACGAGUCGACCCUCAGCGACAACAUAAAAAAGACUCUGCACAAGUUCUGUGGGCCGUCACCUGUCGUCUUCAGUGAUGUAAACUCCAUGUACUUGUCGUCGACGGAGCCUCCGGCGGCCGCCGAGUGGGCGUGUCUGCUGCGGCCUCUGAGGGGCCGAGAGCCAGAGGGCAUUUGGAACCUUCUGUCCAUCGUCAGGGAGAUGUUCAAGAGACGAGACAGCAACGCCGCCCCGCUGCUUGAGAUUCUCACUGAGCAGUGUCUCACCUAUGAGCAGAUCAUCAGCUGGUGGUACAGCGUGCGGACCUCGGCGUCCCACAGCAGCGCCAGCGGCCACACCGGACGCAGCAACGGCCAGUCGGAGGUGGCGGCUCACGCCUGUGCCAGCAUGUGUGACGAGAUGGUGGUGCUGUGGAGGCUGGCGGUGCUGGACCCCACCAUGAGCCCCUGCAGGCGCCUGGAACUAGCAGGCCAGCUGAAGCAGUGGCAUUUGAAAGUUAUAGAGAUCGUGAAGCGGGGGCAACAUCGCAAGUCCCUGGACAAACUGUUCCAGGGCUUCAAGCCCGCUGUGGAGUCGUGCUAUUUCAACUGGGAGGGGGCCUACCCGCUGGACGGCAUCACCUACUGCAGUGCCGAUCGGAAGAGCGCCACUUUCUGCUGGUCCAGAGCAGUGCAGCACCAGAGAGGCGUCAAAGCUGCUGCAGGGUUGGGCGGAGAGCCGCCAGAACCCGGGGGAGGGGGCAGAGCCGACGGCGGAGCUGGGGGAGAUUAUAAAGGGAGGGGUCACUCAUCCCAACAGGAGGUGGCGGUGCGUCCCAAGGAGACCGUCCUGACCAAGAGGAAAGGCCUGUCGGUGAGCGGAGGGGGAGGGAUGCUGGUGCGCCUGGGAGGGGGGGUCUCCCUGUCUCUGGAGGACGGAGGAGGGAAGUGCGUGUACAAGGGGCCGGGCUCCUCCUCCGGAGGGAAGCUGAAACUGCCGCCGGGAGGCGGGAAGGGGGCCUCUGUGGGAGGUGCGGGAGGAGGUGGCGGGAUGGGCGGGGGGAAGCACGCCGGCACCAAGCGGAGAACCAGCAGUGAAGACAGCUCGCUGGAGCCCGACCUGGCCGAGCUCAGCCUGGACGACGGGUGCAGUCUGGCUCUGGGCGUCGAGGCCAGCAACACGUUUGAGUUCCUCCCCCUGCCGCCGGAGAUGCUGCCCUCCCCGAGCUCGCUGCUGCGAGACUCGCGCAAGUAUAGCAACGGCAACAGCAGCGGGGGGGGCAAAACGUUUGAGGCCAAGCGCGUCGGCCACGCCUCCGCCGGCGCCCCCGCCGUGGAGCCCGCUCCGCCGCACACCGUGCUGGUGGUCAUGGACACGCCCAGCGCGGUGGAGAGGGACGGGGCGCUGGUGGCCGCGCCGGUCAACAGCAAAGACGAAGACGUAGACUCUGCUGGCAGUAACCAGCCGUCCGCCUCCACCUCCGCGGUGAGAUCGGCCGCCACGCCACCGUCUGCCAAGCUGCAACGGGCCCGCCGGGAGGCGGCGCCGGCCGGAGCAGCAUCAGCUGCAGCAGCCGCCGCCGCCGCACGUGGGCCGGCCAAUCAGGGAGCAGAGGCAGCGGGAGGAGAGGCGGUGGGGGAGGACGACUAUCAAGCGUACUACCUGAGUGCCGCCUCGGAGGAGGGAGCGGACAGACAGCUGGCUGACAACCACCAGGAGGAGGAGCCGGACAUCUUCGCAGGGAUGAAGCCGUUGGAGCAGGAGGGCCGCAUGGAGGUGCUGUUUGCGUGUGCCGAGGCCCUCCACGCUCAUGGCUACAGUAAUGAGGCGUGCCGGCUGGCCGUGGAGCUGGCCAGAGACCUGCUAGCCAAUCCUCCAGACCUCAAGGUGGAACAGCCACAGACUAAGGGUAAGAAGAGCAAGGUGUCCACCAGCCGUCAGACGCAGGUGGCCACCAACACGCUGUCCAAGGCUGCCUUCCUCCUCACUGUCCUCAGUGAGCGGCUGGAGCUCCACAACCUGGCCUUCAGCACCGGCAUGUUCUCCCUGGAGCUCCAGAGACCACCGGCGUCCACCAAAGCUCUGGAGGUGAAGCUGGCCUACCAGGAGUCCGAGGUGGUGUCUCUGUUGAAGAAGAUCCCGCUGGGCCUGGUGGAGAUGACGGCCAUCCGAGAGCGCGGCGAGCAGCUCCGAGACGGAAACUUCUGUGACUACAGACCUGUGCUGCCGCUCAUGUUGGCCAGCUUCAUCUUUGAUGUUCUGUGCACCCCAGUUUGUGCAGUUGUGUCCCCAACGGGUUCCCGUCCACCGAGCCGCAACCGUAACAACGAGAUGCCCGGCGACGAGGAGCUGGGCUUCGAGGCCGCGGUCGCCGCUCUCGGUAUGAAGACCACAGUGAGCGAGGCGGAGCAUCCUCUGCUGUGUGAAGGAACUAGGCGGGUGAAAGGGGACCUGGCGCUGGCUCUGAUGAUCACCUAUAAGGACGACCACAGCAAGCUGAAGAAGAUACUGGAUAAGUUGUUGGACAGGGAGAGUCAGACCCACAAGCCCCAGACUCUGAGCUCCUUCUACUCCAGCAAGCCGGCAGCCGGCAGCCAGCGCAGCCCCUCCAAACACGCUGCCGCCGGUCACAGCAGCGCGAGCGCCGGCGUCUCCAGACACGCGCCGCCGUCUUCAUCCGCAGCGACGGCCUCUUCUGCCUCCGCCGCGGCGCCGGUCAGUGACGCGUCGACCAGCCAGGCCCAUCUCAACGCAGCGCAGAACAACAGCACAGCGGGGGAGAGCGCUGCUGAGACCAGGGAGCGAGCAGCAGAGGGGCCUCCUCCAUCAGGGGAGCAGCAGAAUGAAGCGGCCCCCUUUAAGGAGGCCACAGUGCCCAGUCGGCUGGCAUUGGGGGCCCGCUGCGGCUACAAUCAGCGCUGCUGGGGCUCUCCGGUCCGCCAGAAGAAGAAACACACCGGCAUGGCGAGCAUCGACAGCAGCGCUCCGGAGACCACCUCGGACAGCUCGCCCACUCUCAGCCGCCGGCCGCUCCGGGCCGGCUGGGCGGCCACGUCCUGGGGGCGGGGCCAGGACAGUGACAGCAUCAGCAGCUCCUCGUCUGACUCGCUUGGCUCCUCGUCGUCCAGCGGCUCGCGCCGGGCAGGGGGCGGGGCCAGGGCCAAGAGCACCGACACCAGCAGGUACAAAGGGCGGCGUCCAGAGUGCCAUGCCCCCCACGUGCCCAACCAGCCGUCGGAGGCAGCAGCCCAUUUUUACUUUGAGCUGGCCAAGACGGUGCUGAUCAAAGCCGGGGGGAACUCCUCCACGUCCAUUUUCACUCAGCCCUCGGCCAGCGGGGGCCACCAGGGACCCCACAGAAACCUGCACCUGUGUGCCUUUGAGAUUGGCCUGUACGCGCUUGGCCUCCACAACUUUGUCUCGCCCAACUGGCUGUCCAGGACCUACUCCUCCCAUGUGUCCUGGAUCACUGGCCAGGCCAUGGAGAUCGGCAGCGCCGCCCUCAACAUUUUGGUGGAGUGUUGGGACGGUCACCUCACCCCUCCAGAGGUGGCGUCCCUGGCCGACCGAGCAUCGCGGGCCAGAGACCCCAACAUGGUCCGGGCGGCGGCGGAGCUGGCCCUGAGCUGCCUGCCUCACGCUCACGCGCUCAACCCCAACGAGAUCCAGAGAGCGCUGGUGCAGUGCAAAGAGCAGGACAACAUGAUGCUGGAGAAGGCCUGCAUGGCAGUGGAGGAAGCCGCCAAGGGGGGAGGUGUGUACCCCGAGGUUCUGUUCGAGGUAGCUCACCAGUGGUACUGGCUGUACGAGCAGUCAGUGGGCGGGGGCUCAGGCCCGCAGCGCGAGACCUCCGGGCGCUGCGGGGCCAACGGCGGCUCGGGGAGGAGGCCCCUGGAGACCAGCUGCGUGGUCCUGGACGCCGGCGGCAACAUGGAGUCGGCGGGGGUGGCGACGGUCACGGCCUCGGUCACCACGGCGGCCGUCGUGCCCGUCAUCUCCGUGGGCUCCACCAUCUACCAGUCCCACGGCAUGCCGGGCCAGGCCAUAGCCCAUGCCCACAGCCAGGGCCUCCACCCCUACACCACCAUCCAGGCCCAUCUCCCCACCGUGUGCACCCCCCAGUACCUGGGACACCCUCUGCAGCACAUUCCCCGACCCGCCGUCUUCCCCGUGGCUGGUGCUGCAUACCCACAGGGAAUGCACCCGGCCUUCAUCGGGGCGCAGUACCCGUUCUCAGUGGCCACUGGCCCGCAGCCUCCGAUGGCAGCCACGGCUGUGACCUUCCCCGGUGUCCCCGUACCGUCCAUGACUCAGAUCGCCGUCCACCCGUACCACGCCGAGACGGGCCUGCCCCUCGGCACCACCGUAGCAGUAGGCAGCGUCCACACGGGCCCCACAAUCCAGGCCAUCCAGGGGACGGCCCUGACCUCCCUCUCCUCCCAGCCCGGCUCAUUGGUCAGCACUCCUUUCCCAAUAGAGGACGAGCAGCACAGCCAGCCAAUCAGCCAGCAGGGCCUGCACUACCUGCAUUCUGCCUACAGAGUUGGCAUGCUGGCAUUGGAGAUGCUCGGCAGGAGGGCCCACAACGACCACCCGAACAACUUCUCCAGGAGCCCGCCUUACACCGAGGACGUCAAAUGGCUGCUGGGACUGGCUGCGAGGCUCGGAGUCAACUACGUGUACCAGUUCUGUGUUGGAGCAGCAAAAGGUGUCCUGAGUCCGUUCGUCCUACAGGAGAUCAUCAUGGAGGCUCUUCAGAGGCUCAACCCCGCCCACAUCCACGCCCACCUCCGAACGCCCGCUUUCCACCAGCUGGUCCAGCGCUGCCAACAGGCCUACAUGCAGUACAUCCACCACCGGCUCAUCCACCUGACGCCGGCUGACUACGACGACUUUGUGAACAUCAUCCGCAGCGCUCGCGGCGCUUUCUGCCUGACGCCCGUGGGCAUGAUGCAGUUUAACGACGUGCUGCAGAACCUGAAGAGAGGCAAGCAGACCAAGGAGCUGUGGCAGCGCAUCUCCCUGGAGAUGGCGACCUUCUCCCCCUGAGCAGCCCGCGCAGCCCGGGGGAGCGUGUGCUGGGGCCCGGGCCAGAAGAGCCCCCAUCCUGCCCCCCCCCCCCAUCCAGCGCCGCUACUGCCAGCGCACCCGGCGGGCCGCCGUGCUGUCGGGGAACGCCGCUCUCCACUCAAACAAACACCGCAGACAGGCGAUACAAUCGGCCCCCACCCUCCUCCCCACCCACAGAGACUUGCUACGUGUGUUGGGCCUCAGGGGGAGGAGCUUCCCGUUUUAUCAUGGUUCAUGUUUGUGUAACUGUGGAAAUUAAAGUGUACUCCUUCCUUUCUUCAUCUUACUCGCCUCUUCCGUUCCCCUAAACUGGAGACGUUGACGGGGACCCUCAGCCGCCCUCCUCCCAAAUAUUCUUUGCUUUGUUUUGGUUGGAUGUGACAUUCCUGUCCAGAGUGCCGGGCUUCCUGCACCGAGAGCGUGUCACUGUGGACCUGAAUGUUUGCCGUGUGGGAGGGAAAGGAAUACUUACGAGGGGCAAACGGUCCAAUACCAGAAUUUCUAUUGAGCACGGUGAGGACUUUUCAGCAUUUUGUUUAAUCUUUUGAUACUUUGUAUAGAAUAUGACGUGUAUGUAGAGAGGGACGGGAUGAGAGAGGGGGGACGUCAAAGGUGUCGUCGUUGUUGUUGUUAUCGUGUGGGAUUCAUAUUAACAUUUCAGCCUGCCUGAGGAGGGACCAGACGGACCAGAACCAGCGGCUCCUCCAGGUGUCCAGUCAAUUCAUAUGUAUUCUUUGGUUUGUGUCGGAGCCCAUAAAGGCCACGUCACUUAAUAACGUUUAUUUGUUAUGAAUCCUUUUUUUUUCCUCAAAUAAUUCUGCAAAACUUCAGCCAGAAUAGAAUAGAGUCCAAAAGGAUUCACGUCAAGGACGUGUUUAUGUGGCGAGAAACCAACAACUCCACGACGCCAGUAGUUUUAAAUUCAAAGUACUACACACACACACCCCCCAAACUACAGCCCCCUGUGUCCUGGGACCAAUCAGAUGCAUAGACAGACCCAGGUGCUCCCUGUGGGGGGGCUGAGCCCUUUUCUUCUCUUCAAACCAAAACAUGGCUGAUCUCUGGAGCUUGCCUACGUACAGCUUUGGGUUCAAAGCCCCCGCUAUAACUAGCGUUGGAUCUUCAGUCCCCUGUUGGUGAGACGGGGUGGUGGGGGGGGGGGGCGUUAGCAAUGACACCAUUCUGGCCAAAAAGACUUGCUAAUGCGUACGUCUGGUUUCUCUGGAGCGGGAUGUUGGAGGAGCGGCGGGUGGGACGUCUCAUCCAGGACUCCUGCAGCGCGAGAUGAGCACCUCUGUUUGCUGCGUGGGCAGCUGGUAGACUUGGUGCUGAUACCUUAGGAAGGUCCGUCCCUGCUUGGGUCUGAUCCCUGCUCUUUGAUUGGCUCUGGACCUCACGGAGGAAGGCGACGAAGUAGAAAAUGUACUGUAAUAUUUUUGUAUUCCUCAAGUGUAGCUCGAUUGAAAAGUUCUAUAUGUGCAGAUUGCAAAAGGUUCUAAUUUAGAGUGAAAAGAAUAAUAAAGAAUAAAAGCAAUACUUUAAGUGUAGAGUUUACUUAAUAAAGAUAAUUCCAAACGGUGA